AUGGAGAUACAUAAGGGUGAGAGAGAAAAGCGAGUCGAGCAUGAAUUGGAGAGAACAAAUGCAUAUGUGCUGGUUUUACUAAAGGACAAACGGCGAUUGAACACGGAGCUGGAAAACGAGCGAAAGGUAUCAAGGAAGUUGAGGCAAGAAUGUUAUGAUUUAAGAAGAAAACUUGGAGCACAACAGAACGUUGGAAGCGGGUUAGAUUCUUUCGCCACUACUGACUGUCUCAUUAAUAUGAGCGAAAACAGCACCGAAGAACUGGAGAGAAAAAUUCGCAAACUUGAGGAGAGUUUGUGCGAAUCACGAACCCAGAUUAAGUCUUUAGAGGAACACAAAACCGUUCUGGAAUCAGAGAUACUACGGUUGGCGGAAGCGCUCGGUAAAGACAGCUCAUCGUCUGAUUUGGACCUUAUGAUAGAACAGCUGAAUAUUUACGAAACUGAUUUUCAGAAGGAGAGGGACGACAGAGAAAAAGCGGAGACUAAAGUUUCCGUUCUGACUGAUCAAAUCUCUGAUUGUCAGGAUUUGAUAUCAUCGCUUACGCGUGAGGUAGACUUGUAUAAAAAUGCUUUCGAGCGGGAAAAAAAGGACAAAGAGAUUGCGCUUGGACGCGAUCGCGAGAAAGGGGAAGACCUAACAGUAAAAUUACCAACUUUCCCUACUGCUGGCUCUUCGCCGAAUUUUCCGGGAAGCGAACAUAAUCAGGAGCUAGCGUCACCAGUUCAACCGCCUCAUUUACAAGUCGUUUAUCCAGUUGUAGAUUCUAGAAUACAGCAUCAAAAUUCAAUAAGGAAAAGGGAACUUCAUAGAAGAGGGGUUCUGACAAGAGACAGCCCCGAAUCUUUGAACUAUAACUAG